CGGACGGACGGCGCCUUGGGCCGCGUGGGGAAGAUCAGGGCGAGUCUGUGUCAGUGGUGUCAGUCCGUCGGUGUCCGCCGAGUCCGUCAGUCCAGCCGAACUGCCCGCCCCCCACACGGGGUCCACACAGCUCCUCUUCGGCUGUGCGUGUGUGUGUGCGUGUGUGCAAGUGAGUGUGAGUGAGAGGGUAGACGAGCCGGUGCUGGAGGCCGUCAACGCCGCCGCCAACGCCGCCGCCAACCCCUCCCUGCUCGACCUGAUCCAGACCGACGGCAUGAAGAUGGAGAGCAGCACCGGGAGCCCCGUGGCCGACUUCUACCGCGGCCGGUCCGUGUUCAUCACUGGCUCGACGGGCUUCAUGGGCAAGGUGCUCGUGGAGAAGCUGCUGCGCUCGUGCCCGGACGUGAGCGCGCUGUACCUCUUGCUGCGCCCGCGCCGCGGCCACGACGUGCGCCACCGCCUCGAGGACAUGCUCAACACCCCGAUCUUCGACGAGGUGCGGCGCAGCCGGCCCGACGCGCUCCGCAAGGUGGUCGCCAUCCCCGGGGACAUGACGUUCCCCGACCUCGGCAUCUCGGCGUCGGACCGCGAGCUGCUGACGGACGAGGUGUCCGUCGUCUUCCACUCGGCCGCCACCGUCAAGUUCGACGAGGCCCUCAAGCUGUCCAUCGAGAUGAACAUGCUGGGCACGCAGCGCAUGCUGCAGCUGGCCAAGCAGAUGAGGAAGCUGGAGGCGUUCGUGCACGUGUCGACGGCCUACUGCAACUGCGACCGCAGCGAGGUGCGCGAGGUGGUGUACCCGACGCCGACCGACCCGGACAAGCUCGUCCAGUGCGUCGAGUGGAUGGACGCGGACAUGGCGGACCACAUGACCAGCAAGAUCCUGGGCAACCGGCCCAACACGUACACGCUGACCAAGGCCAUGGCAGAGACCAGCGUCGCCAAGGAGGUCGGCAGCCUCCCCGUCGCCAUCGUCAGGCCCUCGAUCGUGACGGCCGCGCUGCGGGAGCCCCUCCCCGGCUGGGUGGACAACAUGAACGGCCCCACCGGCCUGUUCGUGGGCGCGGGCAAGGGGGUGCUGCGGACGCUGUACUGUCACCGGGACAUGGUGGCGGACCUCAUCCCGGUGGACAUCUGCAUCAACCUGCUCAUCGCCGUCGCCUGGAAGACGGCCACCGCCACCCGGAACCAGCACGGCAAGAGCUCGGGCGAGGAGCAGCAGGUCGUGGUGUACAACUGCGUGUCCGGCGCGCAGAACCCCAUCAAGUGGGGGUCGCUGCAGGACAUGGCGCUGAUCCACCUGAGGCGCAACCCCUACAGCGGCGUGCUCUGGUACCCGGGCGGCUCGUUCAAGGAGUCGCGCGCCUACCACGACCUCUGCUCCCUCGCCUUCCACACCAUCCCCGCCUACAUCAUGGACGCCGCCGCUCGCCUCUCCGGGAAGAAGCCGAUUAUGGUGAAGAUUCAGCAGCGGCUGUCCAAGGCCGUGCAGUGCCUGCAGUUCUUCACGACGGGGGAGUGGCAGUUCAGCGACGACAACGUGCAGGCGCUCAUGGGGGAGAUGACGCCCGCCGACCGGAAGGUGUUCGACUUCGACGUCAGGGAGGUGGACUGGGACGCGUACCUCAACACGUACGUCCUCGGCAUCCGCAAGUUCGUGCUCAAGGAUGACCCCAGCACGUUCCCCGAGGCACGGGCGCACCUGAGAAAGAUGUACUUCGUCCACCGGCUGAGCCAGUUCCUGACGGUCACCAUCACCUGGCGGCUCCUCUUGGCGCGCUCCCAGGUGGCCCGGAGACUCUGGUCGGUCCUCGUCGGCAUCCUGGCGAGGGCCGUGGGUCUAGUGUCCGGGGUGGCCCGGGCCGUCCUCCCCUCCAUCGGCAGCAUUGCCGCUCCCGUCAGCGCCCACUGAUGCAGGCCGCUGUCGACUUUCAUUCAAUUUCAUUUUAGAACCAUCACCAUCUGUUGCAACAUGAUUUUAGUAGUCUAAAACAUUUUAAAUUUUUAGUCUUUUAAAUUUUACGAAAGGAACAGGACUUGUAGUGUAGCUUUAGUAGAAUGGUUUACAGUUUACAAUUCCUGGAUGGAACUCAUAUCCCAGUGGGGAUUGUAAUAUUCUUCUUGUGCAUAUAUCAUGUUUAUAUCAUUGUUCUGCCCUCCCAUCAUCACAUUGUUUUUAUCGAUAGAGUUGUACAUUUUUUUUUAG